AUGAGUUACUCGACACGAAAUUCCUUUUAUCUUCGCAUCUCCAAAAACAUCGUGCUACCCAUAUACGUCUAUCUCGAUGAGCGACAUGUAAACUGGAUGUCAGACACUGUUCUGCAACAUGUGUUAUCUGAUCUGCGUCCCCAUAUUCUACCGAAGUUGAGAACUGAAGCUGAUGGGCUUAAGAGUGGCUCUUCGAUACAUACGAAUGCUACCGUUGACACACAUAGAGGCGAUUCCUACCAAUUUUGCUAUUUCAUUCGUAAAACGGAGCCUCAUUCGGUCGUUAUUAAGACUAGGAACUUCCGAACUGCACCCAGACGAACCCCGUCAACUAUUUCAUCAAACGUAGCACCCUCAUCAAGUAAAAGGCAGGCGAAAAGGAGAGAUAUAUCAACCUCUAACCAAGCGAAGAACAAAAGGCGUAGAACAGAGUCGAAUAUCCAAGAAGAGAGCGACAUUGCAAUGAUAGGCGAGGAUGAUAUAAAUGCGGAUGAAGCUAGUAUCAAUGCAGACGCUGAAAUUCCCCCCAUUGAGCUCGAGAUAGAGGAAGAGGAAGCAAAGCCAAAACCUGUUCUAGGCUUGACAUAUCAAGGUUUCAGUAUAUACGGACAAUGUUUGUGUGUGGUGGUUGAACCUUGGCCCGUUGUACGGUCAUCGACAGUCGCACCUGUGUUUGCAAAAGCAACACAAUCAUCGCAACCUAUAGUCCGAGCGCAAACUCCUCUAUUUCUUCCUGAGGAGCAAGAAGAUACAGAAAAUCAUCAACAACCUUGGCGCUCAAAUAUUAACCAAGCUUACCUCCACCAAGUUCUUAAAGAGGUGGACCCGUCGGACAACGAGGAUGACAUGGGUGGGAUGCUUGAAUAUAGUCAAGUGCUCAAAAACAUAAGUGGUGACAGAGCUGGAGCUGUUAACGAUGAUGAAGAUAUCGAUGGAUCUAUCCUUUUCGGCGAUGCAGAUGAAUUUAAAGAGUUGUAA